CCCGUGAUCCCUGGGAGAAGCCUUGGACCCAGGAACUCCGAGGAGGAAGCUAUACCACUGCAGAGGGAAGGAGGGAAAGAAGGAGGUCUCUGAGAUGCUGCGGCUUGUCGUGGAGUCGGCCAAGAUUGACCCGCCCCUAAUCCCCCCACCCAGACCCUGCGUGUCCAUUGACUUCAGAGAUGUCAAGAAAAGAACUCAAGUGGUUGAAGGGAAUGACCCCAUAUGGAAUGAGGUUCAUCGGCCUGGCCACAGUACUGCUCAAGCCAUUGAUGAAACAUCCGCAUGAGAUCCUUUUUGUGAAGGACUUGACCUUGCUCAACCAUUCCAUGAGGCCCACAGAUUGUACUGUCACCCUACAGGUGGCCCAUAUGACCAAGCGGGAUAUUGAGAAGACAGGAGAUGAAGACCUCUUGGGCAUAACUGCAAGAGAGGUGGCCACGCAGAAACUGGUGGUUCCUGGCUCCACUGCGCACAGGGCUCUGUCCUCAAAGCCUCAGCACUUUCAGGUUCGAGUGAAGGUGUUUGAGGCCCGACAGCUUCUGGGUAACAACAUCAAGCCAGUGGUGAAGGUGUCAAUUGGUGGCCACCAGCAGCAGACACGUAUCAAGAUGGGAAAUAACCCUUUCUUCAAUGAGGUGGGCUGA